UCCAAACAUGGCGACCACAGACAAGAAAUUAGUGAGAUCCAGAAGUGGAUUGCGGAUGGUGUCCAUGACUGACAAUAAAACCAACUCUUUUACGUUGCCAGAGCCAGAAUGGGUACCAGAUAAUGACUGUGGAUAUUGUAUGCAGAGAUCAUGUCAAUCUAAAUUUGACUUUAUAAGAAGACGGCAUCACUGUCGUCGUUGUGGCAACUGUUUCUGUAACAGCUGCUGUGACAACAAACUCCCUCUGCCAAGAAUGAGUUUCGUUGACCCGGUUCGUCAGUGUAAUAAAUGUGCAGAAAUCACUAAAAAAGAAAAUGAGUUUUUUGACAAACAUGUAAAAUUGUUGUUGAGUGGUGGUGAGUUUAUGAUAGCUGAGGGAGAUGAUGACAAUGAAAUUAGUACAUCCUACACUUGUAAACUGGCUUCUGAUCAAAGAUAUUUAGUAUUUGAAGGAGAACAUUCUAAAAUGGAUUCUAUAGGUCUAGAUGAGAUUGACACAGUGAAGGUCAUAGCUUCAGAAACUAACCAGCAAGGUUUUAAAGUGGGAACUGGUGUAGCCAUCAGACAUAAAGACAGUUUUGGUGAUUACCAAAUUCUGAAGAUGGAGAUUAAAAAAGAUGAAAGCUCAAAAUCCGGGAAGAUGUGGAUUGCAGCCAUGUUGAAGGCGUUUCGACUGAUUAUGGAAGCUCGGACAGGAAAACCGUGUAAUACACCAGUUGCCUAAUAUCAUCAUUGAAUUAUAAAUGACUGCAUAUACACUGGAGAAAAAAAAGUCCAUGGUGUCAAAAAUUAAAGACUAUCAAAUCAUUGAGACAAAAAAGAAAUUGGUGAACAUGGCAAGUUUAGGUACCAGUUUUUGAUAAUCAGAAUUGUUGAGGGGUGGGGGUGGGAGUAAGGGUUCAAUUUAUUAUAUAAAUUGAUUAAGUGCCAUUUUAGUAUUUGGUCACAUUUACUUUUAGCUACCAGUUUUUGAUAAUCAGAAUUGUGGGGGGUGGGGGCGGGUCAAUUUAUUAUAUAAAUUAUUCAAGUGCCAUUUGAGUAAUUGGUCACAUUAAAUAGAACACAAACAUUAUGGAAUACAAUUACUGACUUUAAUAGAUGCAACGUUUCAACACUGUGCUUUAUAAUGACAAGCCACACUUGUACGUGACAAGGAGUAGGGUCACCUGCCUCCAACCUUGUGGGUUUUCUCCGGGUCCUUCGGUUUCCUCCCACUGCUACAGACUCCUAGGCGCAAGCAAAUUAUUGAAAUAAAAUCUAACCAUAUUAGUCCCGAAAUGACCUAGUUUGUGUUGAGUGGAUGUUAAACCCCAUUUCUCUCUCUCUCUCACUCUCUCUAGCUUUAUAACACAAGAGAAUCACUAACUGCUGAAACAUAGCAAGAAUUGUUUUGUUUGAUAACAGUAGAAUCAUGAUUAAAUUAAGCACUUGUAUUCCAUAAGGUAUUUUGUAUUUUAUAUUUAUGCAAUCUGCUUUGAUCUUAUUAGAGAUAUUUACCAAAACUGACUAUAGCAUUUCAUUGCUCCACAUCCUUGAUACACAAGCUCAUUAGCAAGAGGCUAGAGUAGGCCAUUUCACAUGCUGACACCAAUUGUUCCUAGAGAUUGCUAGAGUAAAUAUAGAUCUAAACGUAAUAAUUAGAUCUGACACGAUUACUAAGAGUAAAUAUAGAUCUAAAGGUAAAUUAUUAGAUCUGACGAGAUUGCUAGAGUAAAUAUAGAUCUCUAUGUAUAAUAUAUAGAUCUGAUGAAUGAAUUUUGUUGUAGCUCUCAUUUUGGUCAGUUUAUCACUAACUGCCUUUGAAAAUAUCUGGCUUACAAAUCUCUUCCGUUAGUCAAUUUGCAUCAGAGAAAAUUCAAAUGGCUUGAUUCAAAAUGUUCUAGUUCUUUGAUAAUCGUUCAAAUCAAUUUAAUGCAGGAAGAGCCAGAAUAUUAAUUUAUAUGGUCUUAGUAGCCUUAAUAUGCAAUCUAAUAUACAGUAUUUUAUUGUAAGAAAAGUGUCAUUUUUCAAAAGCUUGAAGUAAACGGGAUGAAACAUCAUAUUUGAAUUUUUAGCCCUGUGAUGAUACUAUGUGUAAAUAAUAUAUAUAUAUAUCAUUGUAAUAAAUCAUAUUUUAUAUUAAAAUCAUCAUCUCAUCACAACAGUUGUAUAUAGUCAAAUGUAUAUUUUUGUAUUAUAAAUAUCGUAUAUUUAAUAAUUCAUAGAGGGAUUUUCAUUUAUACUAAGGUACUGUUUAUCUAAACACAUGUAACAUAGAUUUUUUUUCUGAAACAUAUAGAUAUUUGUUAGAUUUAAAAAUUUAAAAAAAAAAUGAACAUUGGUGUUUUUUAAAAAUGAACUUACCCAUUGUUUAUAUGAUAUGAUUGGAAAACUGACUUUAUUCCCACAACAUAGAUUGGAUUUGAAUUUUUAUAAAAAUAAGCUUAAAAUUAGUGCUUUUUAUAAAUGACUUAGGUUAUUGUCUAAGUUAUGGUUGUAUAGAUUAUUGGAAAACAAACGAACACAAAAGUUUAAGUCUUUAAAGUAGAUUUACGAUGCAUUUGUUCAAAAUUAAAGUCUAUUUGAAAGUUUUCAUGAAUAUCAUUUCUUACCAAACAGGUGAUCUGUUAUAUGACUCAUGUUUUGUUAGGUGAUAGAGAAAUGUAUUCUUCCCGUUAUUUUUAAAAGAUAUUUAAAAGUGCUUGAAAUUAAAGUAUAAUAUACAAGUUUUCGGAGUGCUUGACAAUUACCUAUGUACCUGACAUAAUCAUUUGGAAAACCUGUGUUAAUUUGCGAAUUCUAAACCUAUUUAGUAGAUAGUAGUUCUUUUGUUUAACUGGUUGUGGUUUAAGUUGAAAGCAUUCCAUUUUGUGCGAUAAAUAGGUUGAUAAGUUCAUUUAUAUAUGAAAAAGAAACAGAAAUGUGUAGAAGUUUAACAUAUGUUUGAAAAACAUAACAUAUAUACUUAAUAGAAUUAUAUGAGAAUGGUCAUAUAGCACCAACACCCAUCCUUACAACUUCUAAAGGCUAUUCCCAUUCCCAAACUUAAACUGAUGGAAGAGAACUGUAGCAGAUCUAUAUCUGACAUAACAUUUCCCAGGAAAUUGAAGAAGUGAAAGAUAUCACAUUCCUUGCUAUGUCACUCAGGAACUAGGCAAUCUUCUACUUGUGGUAAUGCUCUUCAGAUAAUGCCUAAUAAGGCCUGUUUUCCAUUUGCACAUUUUGUGUCAUUUCUCUGCGCAAUUUUUUUUGAAAAAAAUUUGGUCUGAUGCAAGUCUAAUGGGCCUGUUUCCAUGUAACCAGCGAAAUCGCGUACAUGGCAAACAUGUUUAAGGCUCAGCGCCCAACAUGGCCGUAAUGACGUCAUCCUCAAUUCCUGGGUCAUAUAGUAUCUCGUACUUAUGUUUUUGUACAUGUACAUUAGUUCACCAAAGAUGUAAAAUAAAGGAGGGUGCUACUUUCAGUUUAUCUCAUAAAUUGUAUAUAAAACUUGGAAACAAUAAAAAAUGGCUAUUUGUAUUCUAUAUAAACAAAAGUUGUUCUACACUGUGCUUUCUUUGACAUUAUUUUAAUGUUGAUAUGAAUUCACCUUACAAUGUCCUGAGCUUAUUCGUGAUUGUGAACUCUAUUUAGAUAAAUCAUGGUUUUGAAAUGCAUGAUCAUUCAGGUACUCAUCUUCUGUGGACAUUGUAUACAAAAAUAUUAAAGAUGCAUUAUAUCAGAUCUAAAUCUGUCUACUGCAGGUCUUCAUUUUGGCUUCAAUUGUUACAUCAACUAUUAUUUAGACAUUUAUUAACAUGACCCGCCUAUAAUCAACUCUCUGGACCAUAGUAUGGCUGAGAUUUAAAUGGAUUAGAACACCUGCAAGAUUUAAAAAUUUAACGAUAAAAUGGAUAAUUGAGACUUGGUCUCAGUUGUCAAGUACCGUUGCUACGAUAACAAACGAUCUCCUCUCCAUCUUCAAACUCAGACAGUCAUAACCACUCCCAGAAUAAAGUAAUUUGAAUGAAAUUUUGAAUUGUUUUCAUUUUUCAUUGUCUAUUUUUGAACUAUUAGUGCAAGAACGGCUAGCUCUUUCUCUAAAUCUUACAUAAUGCAUCUUUAAGGAUGAUUGAAAAUGAAUAAUGCAAUUUUUAAAGAUGGUAUUGUAAAGCAAUAAAUUUAUGUGUUGUGUGAGAAGUUACUGCUACAGGUGAAAGAUCGCGUUCAUUUAUUGUUUUGUGGGUUUUUCGUUUACACAACCUGUGCCAUGAUUAUUACUUUAGUUUUAUCAACCAAUGUUAAUGUAGUGUAAAUAGUUGUAUCAUAGAGAGGGAGAUAACUCUUCUAUUCUUUAGUAAUAUUUUAUUUCUAACAGUGCCAAUAUACUGCUAAUAUUUUAUACAAUAUUAAAUCUGGUGUCCAUCCAUAUAUUUUGCUCAUUAUACAAGGACCUCUUUUCCAGAACAAGAUAUCUCCAUUAUGUGGAGUAGAUUCGGUGGAGGUGCCACUGUUCAGGCAAAAUUCUCCCCACAACGCAGCCACUGUAAAAUUAUAUUAGUUUAAAAUGAUCUAAAUAAAGUCUUAGCAAAACAUUAAGCCUUAUUUUCCAGACAAUUGUUUUUGAAAACCUCAAAAGCCUAUCUUAACAGGACUAUAGGUAUAUUUAAAUUAUAAUUAAAUUUAUGUCUUCUCAAAUUAACAAGUUUCGCAAAUGUGAUAUUAAAAAUGAUAUUGAAAAAGAGAAGUUUUAAAUUGUAGUUGUUGAGUUUUUGGAAAAGAGUUGUUCAUAUAUAUUCCAUUAUAUUUCUGUCCAUUUUAGUGCUGUUUUUAGAUGUUGGGUAUCUUUCCCUUUAAAAUAAUGUUGGUGUAAAAAUAAUGUCCUUCUUUUUUGGGGGGAACAUUUCAAGUGCUUUGUGAAACUGGAUCCAUUUCUUUUCCUCUUUUUUUUAAAAAAAAAAAAUACAUAUACAUAUAACCUUAAUAUUAUUGGAAAGUAACCAAUAUUUAAUUUUACCCCUUAGAACUAAGGAUUUAUUUGAUUUGGCCUAAACAUGGUCAUUUGUCUGUAUCCCUUGGCAGUCGCAAAAGAUUGAUUAGUUAGUUGAAGGUAUAAACCUUUAAUACCUGUAUCCAUUUAGAGGAUAAUUAUAUUUAGAGGAUUGUACAACAUUUCACAGUUAUAAAUUCUACAGUCAUGGUGUCAUGUACAUGGCAGAGUAUGUUUAAUUUUUUCAAAAACAUCUAAUAUACUUUAACUGUAAAUAAACAAGACACACAGUUCUAUGAAAUACAAUUACUUUAGUCAAGCAUGACAGUAACUAUAUUCUAUAGAAUAAUGGAUUUCAAGUUUAGAUCAAUGGUACUAUAUUUUUAUUUAGAAAAAGUAUUAUUAAAUACAUAUUUAGCCUAAAAGUAUUAGUAUCUCUGGUGUUUAAAAAGAAUAAUUAUAAAAAAUAUAUUAUUUCCUUUUAUUGCUGGCACACAGAUAUUAUGUACUGUUUAAUUGUUUAGAUGCAAAUUACAAAGAUCUUAGUUUUGUUUUUAAGAACUCUGCCCAUAUAUAAGUAAGAAUAUGUGUAUAUCAUCUAUGUAUCCGAUAUAUAAUUGUAUAUUUAGGAUAAUAAUACAUGUAUAUCAUCUAUGUAUCCAAUAUAUAAUGUAUAUUUAUUGUAUAUCUACUAGUAUAUAUUAUUUGCAAUAAACUUAUUCACUCUAAAUAUAUCU